AGCAAUAAAAAAGUUAAAAAGAAAGUCCUCCUUCGGUCUUUGGUCUUUGCUUCGUUUCGUUUCGUACACACUACAGGGGGCGCAAUCUUCCGCAUUUCGAUUUCAUUCUUUCCCUUUUCGAUCUUGUCUCCGCUUUUUCAUGACUUUCCCCUCGGAGCUCGCGUAGUUAAGCCCUCUCAAGGUGGUUUAUUUUGCAAUUUGUGAUGCUGAAGAAAUAGCAAUACUCAAAAACUUUGCUUUUCUGGGGUAAAAAUGUUGGAAGGCGGUGCAAAAUUUCCUGGUAUAAUAGACCUAAACAAGCAUAAUAAUAGUUAUUAUGAUUUUUCUCAAGGCUUUUACCACAAGCUGGGAGAUGGUACAAAUAUGUCAGUUGACAGCAUUGGAAGCAUGCAAACAAGCAAUGGUGGGGGAUCUGUUGCAAUGUCUAUUGAUAAUAGCAGUGUUGGGUCCAAUGAUUCUCAUACUCGCAUUUUAAACCACCAAGGGUUACGAAGGCGUGCCAAUGAUAACUACUCUGUUGCCCAUAGUGUGAAUCGUAGAGGAAGAGUCACACAUGCCCUGAGUGAUGAUGCUUUGGCUCAAGCCCUAAUGGACAGCAGCUCCCCAACUGAGGGCCUUGACAAUUUUGAUGAGUGGACAAUUGAUUUGAGAAAGCUCAAUAUGGGUGAGGCUUUUGCACAAGGAGCUUUCGGGAAACUAUACCGCGGGACUUACAAUAAUGAAGAUGUUGCGAUCAAAAUAUUGGAGAGGCCUGAAAAUGAUCAAGCAAAGGCCCAGGUGAUGGAACAACAGUUUCAGCAGGAGGUCAUGAUGCUGGCUACACUAAAGCAUCCUAAUAUAGUGCGCUUUAUUGGUGCAUGCCGUAAGCCAAUGGUUUGGUGCAUUGUAACGGAAUAUGCUAAAGGUGGUUCAGUUAGACAGUUUUUAAUGAAGCGCCAAAAUCGAUCAGUUCCCCUUAAAUUAGCUGUUAAACAAGCUUUGGAUGUUGCCAGGGGGAUGGCAUAUGUUCAUGGUCUUCAAUUGAUCCACAGGGACCUCAAGUCUGACAAUCUUUUAAUUUUUGGUGACAAAUCAAUUAAAAUUGCAGACUUUGGAGUUGCUCGGAUUGAGGUGCAAACCGAAGGAAUGACACCUGAGACGGGAACAUAUCGUUGGAUGGCUCCAGAGAUGAUCCAACACAGGCCUUACACUCAAAAGGUGGAUGUAUAUAGUUUUGGUAUUGUUCUUUGGGAGCUCAUUACUGGAAUGCUUCCAUUUCAGAACAUGACAGCCGUACAAGCGGCAUUUGCAGUCGUCAACAGAAAUGUUCGCCCGACCAUACCCAACGACUGCUUACCCAUUCUCCGAGACAUCAUGACAAGAUGCUGGGAUCCCAACCCUGACGUUAGGCCACCUUUUACUCAAAUCGUGGCGAUGCUAGAGAAUGCAGAGACCGAGAUCAUGACGACUGUUCGUAAGGCCCGUUUUCGGUGUUGCAUGACGCAACCCAUGACAUCUGACUGAAGAAGCUGGAAAAACAAAAUGGUAAGUUCCCAAAGAACAGAGUCAAAAAAAUUUCAGGUUGAGUCUCAGGAAGCAAAAGGCGACUGCAUUGUUGCAUUGUGUAUCUGUGUGUUUAUUUUUCCUUCUUCAGUAGACAAAAGGAAAAAUCUUAUUUGGAAGACCUUUUGGUUUUAUUUGGGUUUCUUUAAUACUGGAUGUCUGUUUCUGAAUUAGUAAGAGGAGAUUUAAAAUGUAUUUAUACAUGCAUGCGCAGAAAUUAUGUAUAGCUUCGGAAAGCAAGAUGGUAUAUGAGGUCAUGGAUGAAAAAGUGAGGACUGUUGAUGUGUAUGUACAUGAUCAAGUUACAUUUAUGAAUAGAGAGAAGUUGCAAAAA